AUGCAAAACGGAGUUGAGAAUAAAUAUUCAAAAACCCAACCUACUAAAAUCUCAACUCCAACUCCAACUCCGCCAAAAUCAACUCCGACUCCAACUCCAAUUCCAACAAAAAAAUCCUCCACUCCGGAGUUGGAGUUGCCCAGCCCUGUCAUGCGUACCUUAACAUUAGAAAUAUUUUCUGCAAAUCCGUGUCUCGUCAAUGACUUGUUCAACGGCGCGGAUCCUAUGAUCAAGCAUCAUAGUUUUGGACCUCAACAAAUGGAUGUCAAUUUGUGUUUGCAACAACUUAGUGAACUCAUUGAAAAUAAUCCAACACCAGGUAAAUAUGCUGAAAUGAAAGCAUAUAUCAUGGACAAAUUAAUGGGUAUUAAUUCAAUUACCACCACAGAUUUGGAAGAAUUUGAAAACUUAUACGAAGGUCUAAACGAUUUACUAUUUUUGCCAUUGAAUCUAACGGCACAAGAGAAACAUUACGCAUUUCAACUUACGUUUGUUAAAAUAAAAAGGCUAUUCGAACGGUUGAUCACAGAAUUAUACGAUCAGAGAAAAGAGAUCAAUCAAUUAAAUGAUCAAGUGAAACGUUUAAAUCGUGAACUAAACAGUAUCAGUUUCAUUCGUUUAUUGAACAAUGUUUGUGAUCCAUUGAUAUGUGAGAUAAAGGGCUUUUUCGUGGAUAACAGAAUCGACUUGAAAUAUUACAAUAUAGAUUUACUGUUUGAUUUAAUAGACAAUAAUCGACAGCUUUCAGAACUCAAUGAUAAACAUUAUGAAAUGGUUAAACAAGAACUAGAAAAAGUUGCUUAUCGGUUACAAAUUCAAAAAAAUGAUUUAGUAGACCUCUUAAUACAAAGAAAAGAUAGAAACGAUGGGUUUAUAGGCUUUCCAAGGCUUUGA